AUGGAGGAGUCAGAUAAACAAUACCUAAUGAAUCUCUUUCGAGCUCCUGCUGCUGCCAGAGCAGCCAAAACCCUGGAUAGAUCGCUCUUCUCAAGAACGUUGCCCACAGCCGCAGCCUCUUUAAGAGAUAACAAGCUCAUUUCAAAGUAUCGCAAGCAACUCGAAAAGACAAAGGAGAUCUUUGCGUUGGAUAGAUUUGAUGUUUGUGCUGCGGAUCCAGAUGCGACUCUUGCCGCUCAAGGGAAGAAAUGCCUUGUGUUGAAGCCGCAUAUUAAGCCAGAUGUACCGGAGACAUGGAGUCCGAUUCUACAGGAGGCUUCCAAGUUGGGAGAGCUGAAGAUUGUCCCUUAUGAGGUUCAUAUUGGAUAUGAUCUUUGGAGUUACCUUGAUGUAAUGAGGUCUAUUCUACCAGAAGACCUACACGGAGAAAUCCCCGUUGGGUUCAACACUGCAGGCCAUGUCGCUCAUCUCAACAUAAGAGGCCAGUACCUCCCCUACAAGUCCAUAAUCGCGCAAGUCAUCAUGGACAAGAAUCCAACCAUCCGCACCGUCAUCAACAAAGUCGACAACGUCGGCACUGAGAGUGAGUACCGAACUUUCAGCUACGAGGUCCUGGCCGGGCCCGACGACAUGCUCGUCGAGGUCAGCGAGGCCGGCUGCUUGUUCAAGUUUGAUUACUCAAAAGUCUACUGGAACACGAAGCUUGGCACCGAGCACCAGCGCAUCGUCAGCUUAUUCAAGCCUGGCGAGGUGGCCGUCGACCUGAUGGCCGGCAUUGGGCCAUUUGCCGCUCCCGCUGGAAAGAAGGGAGUGUUUGUCUGGGCGAAUGACAAAAACCCCGAGAGCUACAAGUAUCUUACAGAAAUUAUUAAGCGGAACAAGGUCUCUGAGUUUGUCAAACCUUUCAACUACGACGGACACGAGUUCAUCAGAAAAUCCGCCGACCUAGUGCUAGAAGCAUCUCAGCGCGGAGAUUGUGCCCUCAUUCCCCAGAAAGUGUCAAGGAGCGCGCCAGGCCCCCGGCCUGAACCCAUCCGGAUCCCCGUGCCCCCAACGGUAUCCCACUUUGUCAUGAACCUUCCCGCCUCAGCUAUAGAGUUCCUUCACAACUUCCGGGGCCUUUACGAGGGCCACGAGAAGCUCUUCGCUCCCCACACCGAGACGAAGCUGCCCGUGGUUCACGUCCACUGCUUCGCCGUCAAGGCAGAUGAUUCAACGCCCCUGGACGACAUUUGCCAGCGCAUCGAGAAGGAGAUUGGCGUACUCUUGACGCCUGGCGAUGUAGAAAAGGACGGCCAGGUACUCAUCCACGAAGUCCGAGAUGUUGCCCCCGCAAAGCGGAUGUUUUGUGCAAGUUUCCGCCUGCCGUCCGAAGUUGCUUUUGCUCCGCGAUCCUAG